UCGCUUGGGUAAGUAAGCCGCCUGGAAACCCUGCAGGAGCCUAUCCUGCGCAUCGCUGAAGAUUGCUAUUGGCUGCYAGAAAAACCCAUCCCACCUUCAUCCUCAUUGGCCCUUGCGGUUUACGUAAGAGGAGCCUGUUGCUGAGCAAGAAUUUGCAGCAUUCGUCGGAGGCCGACUACAGCUCCCAGAGUUCCUGGGCGCUGCCGGAUGCCGAUUGGAGGAACAGUUAGCUCCAGAGGGAGGUGUUGCCCCCGCCUUCCUGAGAAACAGGCAUCUGAUUGGCUGUGCCGCGGGGCUUUUGUGUCCCCGCCCUCCCCCGGGGACCGCAGCGAGCUGAGAGGCGCUGCUGGUGUCAGAGCCAGACGAGCGCUUGCAGUUCCGCGGAGGGGAUGCUGAGGAGCGCUGGGUCCGCGAGCAGCGCUGGCUAUUGCGGACUUCCGAGGCACCUCAGGCCGUGAGAACCCCUGCUUCUCGACCAAAUCCAGGGCCCCAAGGCCAUUCACUGUUCCAGAAGCCAGYCUGGGAGAAGAGUCCAGCACAGCAGUAGCCGUCUCCGGAUCCCGAGCGUUCUGGAACCCCGAGAGACACCCUGGGGUUCUCGAACCUCCCCCAGCAACUCCCAGCUCCAGCUUCCUGCGUGCGUCCGUCCGUCCGUCCGUUCGAGACACCCCACCCGUGCCCUAAUCUCGGCGAGCCGCGACUGAGUGCUGGUGCACACACCAUGAUYGUUGCGGACACCGAGUGCCGCGCGGAGCUCCAGGGCUAUCUGCCGUUCUCCCGGGGCGGCGUAGGCGCCCCGGGGACCGGAGAGGAACAGAAGGAGAGCCGGUCUCGUCGAGGCCGAGGGCCCAGCGCCUUCAUCCCAGUGGAGGAGGUUCUUCGGGAGGGGGCUGAGAGCCUUGAGCAGCACCUGGGACUGGAGGCGCUGAUGUCCUCAGGGCGGGUGGAUAACCUUGCCGUGGUGAUGGGCCUGCACCCUGACUACCUCAGCAGCUUUUGGCGCUUACACUAUCUGCUGCUGCACACAGAUGGGCCCCUGGCCAGUUCCUGGCGCCACUACAUUGCCAUCAUGGCUGCUGCUCGCCACCAGUGUUCUUACCUGGUGGGCUCCCACAUGGCUGAAUUUCUGCAGACUGGUGGUGACCCUGAGUGGCUGCUGGGUCUCCAUCGGGCCCCGGAGAAGCUGCGAAAACUUAGCGAAAUCAACAAGUUACUGGCACAUCGGCCCUGGCUCAUCACCAAGGAGCACAUCCAGGCCUUGCUGAAGACUGGGGAACAUAGCUGGUCUCUGGCCGAACUCAUCCAAGCCCUGGUCCUACUCACUCACUGCCACUCACUGGCCUCCUUCGUGUUUGGCUGUGGCAUCCUUCCUGAGGGAGAUCCAGAGGGAAGUCCUGCCCCUCAAGCACCAUCACCCCCCAGUGAGCAAAGCAGCCCUCCAAGUGGGGACCCACUGAACAAUUCUGGGGGGUUUGAGUCUGCCCGGGAUGUGGAAGCUCUAAUGGAACGCAUGAGGCAGCUGCAGGAGAGCCUGUUGCGGGAUGAAGGAGCCUCCCAGGAGGAAAUGGAGAGCCGUUUUGAGCUGGAGAAGUCGGAGAGCCUGCUGGUGACUCCCUCAGGCCUGGCUCCAGCUGAAGUCCUGCUCCCACUCACUAGCGACGGACUCUCUCUGGCUCUCUGCUCUGCCUCCCCAUGCCCCCCUUUGAUGAUUAAUCAGGAGUGGAGCCCUUUGUGCUCCAUGUCUCGACCUCACGGUGACCUCUUUCUGACAUGGUCCUCAGCUGACAUCCUGGAGCCCUCUCCGCACCCAGACAUGCUGUGCUUUGUGGAAGACCCCACUUUUGGAUAUGAAGACUUCACUCGGCGAGGGGCUCAGGCCCCACCCACCUUCCGUGCUCAGGAUUAUACCUGGGAAGACCAUGGCUACUCACUGAUCCAGCGGCUGUAUCCUGAGGGUGGGCAGCUGCUAGAUGAGAAGUUCCAGGCAGCCUAUAGCCUCACCUACAACACCAUCGCCAUGCACAGUGGCGUGGACACCUCCAUGCUCCGCAGGGCCAUCUGGAACUACAUCCACUGCGUCUUUGGCAUCAGAUAUGAUGAUUAUGAUUAUGGGGAGGUGAACCAGCUCCUGGAACGGAACCUCAAGGUCUAUAUCAAGACAGUAGCCUGCUAUCCAGAGAAAACCACCCGAAGAAUGUACAACCACUUCUGGAGGCACUUCCGCCACUCAGAGAAGGUACAUGUGAACUUGCUACUCCUGGAGGCCCGUAUGCAAGCUGCCCUGCUGUACGCCCUCCGGGCCAUCACCCGCUACAUGACCUGACUCCCUCCCACGCAGGAACCAUACCUGGAGCAGCUGAUCCUGGGGAUACCCUCCUCCCUGGAAGAAUUCCAUCUGGAGACAGAUCUGGGACCCUUUCAGUUCCAUG